CCAAUGCUUAGCAGAAUCGUCCUGACCUCCAGCAGACCAUUAUUGCAGCUUCCACUAUUGCAGCUUCCAGCAUAUUUCCAGGAAGCCAACCACUCACAACUUCUGGUUUCACGUCGACGACCUAAUUCGGAAGCUGCGUUGCACCACGAGCUACGCACAACUGCUUGCCCUGCAUGGCCCCGGCAAUGGCAUCCUCGAAUAUGCUGGAUGCACUCGUGACGAAUUUAAACUAUAUAGAGCAGACAUGGCUUCCUCGUGGCAAUGGCUCCCUGACAUCCACUCUCACCAUGCCAGUCUCAGCAACGACAUUUUUACAGAGUGUAUUCCUACUAGGGGCGACCUUCUUUCGAUGGGGAACGGCGGUGCCCUUAAGAAGAGCCGACGACUGUCCUGGUUAUAGGGCCAGCAAUGUCAUACGUUCUGACAGCAGCAUUACAGCUGACUUAACUUUGGCUGGCUCAGCUUGUAAUUUGUAUGGCCAAGAUUUAACCGACCUUAAGUUCCUAGCAGAAUGGCAAACCGACUCUCGCCUCCAUGUAAUGAUCUACGACAAAGACGAGCAAGUGUACCAGAUACCAGAUUUUGUGGUACCACGACCAUCUGGAUCUAUAGAUUCUGAUGCAGCAUUGCUGGAUGUCUCCGUUGAGGAAUCCCCGUUCUCGUUUACGGUGACGCGCAAAAGCAAUGACGAAGUAAUCUUCAGCACAAAGGGAUCGCAGAUUGUCUUUGAAACCCAGUACCUAAGGUUACGAACGUCCUUACCGGAUAAUCCGUUUCUUUACGGCUUAGGCGAGCACACUGAUGCAUUACGGCUACCAACUUCGAACUAUGUCCGGACCCUCUGGGCACGCGACUCUGGAGCUGUACCCAUGACAACGAAUCUUUAUGGGACACACCCGGUUUACUUUGAGCACCGAGCCAAUUCUGGACUGUCGCAUGGCGUGCUGAUGCUGAACAGCAAUGGAAUGGACGUCAAGAUUAACAACGACAAUGGUCAGUACCUGGAGUACAACACGAUUGGUGGGGUCGUUGACCUUUACUUCAUGGCUGGACCGAUGCCGUUUGAUGUUGCUCGCGAGUACAGCGAAAUCACCGAGAAAGCUGCCAUGAUGCCAUACUGGGGUCUGGGCUUCCACCAAUGCAGAUUUGGCUACGAGAGUAUUGGUGAAGUUGCAGCAGUUGUUGCAAACUACAGUGCAGCUGGUAUUCCGCUGGAGACUAUGUGGACAGAUAUUGACUACAUGGAUCAGUUCAAAGUUUUCACGCUGGGCCAGAACUUCCCACUUGCUGAGGUACGUAACCUCGUCAGCAGUCUGCACAGCAACUACCAGCACUACAUCGUCAUGGUCGACCCGGCUGUUGCUGCUCAAGAUUACGGCCCUUACAACCGAGGCAUAGGUGCAGAUGCAUUUCUAAAGACCAACGCUGGUGUGCCUUGGAAAGGCGAAGUGUGGCCAGGGACCACAGUCUUCCCGGACUGGUUUGCACCAAAAACGCAGGCCUACUGGGAUGACGAAUUUGCCUCUUUCUUCGACAAAGACACCGGGGUCGAUAUCGAUGCACUUUGGAUCGAUAUGAAUGAACCCUCAAGCUUCUGCGACUUCCCAUGUGAUCAGAACAAGACUACUUCGGCAAACCUUGGCGGCAUCAUUUCGCGGCAAUCAAAUGGGGACAAGAAAGGCCUUCCAAACCGAGAUCUUCUCUUCCCCAAAUAUGAGAUCAAGAAUGAUGCCGGUGGGCUCAGUAACAAGACUGCGCAGACUGAUCUCAUUCAUUCGGGUGGCUGGACCGAAUAUGACACACACAACCUGUACGGAACAAUGAUGAGCGAGGCUAGUCGUAAUAGCAUGCUCAAGCGGCGACCUGACAAGCGGCCCAUGGUCAUCACCCGCAGUACCUUCGUCGGUGCUGGCAGCUAUGUUGGCCACUGGCUAGGGGACAAUGUCUCUGCUUGGGACCAAUACCUGGCCUCCAUCCGUCAUCUUCUCCAAUUUGUCGCAUUCUUUCAGGUUCCGAUGACCGGCGCUGAUGUCUGCGGCUUUUUAAACGACGCCACUGAGCAUCUCUGCGCACGAUGGACUGUCCUGGGUGCUUUUUAUCCAUUCUACAGGAAUCACAAUGUAGCCGGUGCUAGAUCACAGGAAGCAUACCGAUGGGAGUCUGUUACUGCCGCAGCGAAGAAAGCCAUCGACCUUCGGUACAGACUCCUGGAUUACAUCUACACUGCUAUGCACAGACAGACCGUAGACGGAACUCCAAUGCUUUCGCCUUUGUGGAUGCAUUAUCCCAAGGACGCCAACACCUACGCGAUUGAGACACAAUUCUUCUACGGCCCUUCUCUUAUGGUGAACCCCGUGACGCAGGAGAGCUCAUCCUCAGUCUCAUUCUAUGUACCAAACGGGGUUUGGUAUGAUCUUUCCACGCGCAAAGCUGUAGAAGGCACCGGGAGCACCGUCACAUAUUCGAACGUACCGGUGACGGACAUUCCGGUCCUUGUCCACGGCGGAUCCAUUGUACCUUUACGUCUCGAAAGCGCAAACACAACCAGAGCGCUUCGAGAUAAAGCUUUCGAGCUCCUUGUUGCACCUGAAAAUGAUGGUAGUGCAAGCGGUUCGCUGUAUCUCGACGACGGCGAGAGCCUCGUGCAGUCUGGCACGAGUGAGAUCAAGUUUACAAUGAGCGGAUCAACGCUCAAAGCUGAGGGAACCUUUGAUUUCCCGACGGUCUUGCAGAUUAAGAGCGUAACGAUAAUGGGCACCGAUGACGCACAAUCGUACGAGUUGAAUCAGGGGCUCGAUGGUGGCUGGAGUGUAGAUGUUGGAAGUUUGAAAAGGCUGUGACCGACUCACGGAGAUCGGACUGUGACGUCACCCUACUAGCGCGAGUCGUCCUCUAUGAAUACCUUUGCUGCGCUCCCAAUCGCCUGACAGCAA